CCUCUCUAUAUAUCCACCUCAAUACUCCCCCUGAACCUCACCGCAAACCAACAACAAUGACAAGCGAGUCACACAAAACCAGCACCCACUCCUCAGCCGAUCACGGAGGCAGCAGGCCCAACAAGCAACUAGACAAAGAAAUCCGAGACAUGGUCUCCGCCAUCACCAACCGAGUCACCGACAUCCACAAGUCCGGCUCCAUCCACCACGAGGAUGAGGACGAACACGGCGUGAGGAUCAUCACCCUCGCAGGAUCCAACACCGGAGCGACAUUGAGGAGUGAGCUGGAUCACGAGAACAUGAACAAAUCUGGAGGGCUUCAUGGUGGUGGUCCAGCGUUCGGAGACGCUGAUGGGCUGAGCACUUAUGUGAACAGCAACUUCCAGGCUGUGAACAACUCCCUCAUGAUGGGCGGUAGCUACACCACGAAUGACCCCGGUGUUCAUUUGGACAUCACGGAUGUUGUGGAGCCGCACGGAGGGCAUCACGGGAGGCCGGAGAGGCGGGGGUUGAAGGGUAAGAAGGGGAAGGGGAAGGAGAAGGAGAAGGAGAAGGAGAAGGAGACCUUCCAUAGCGACCAGCAUGAUGAGCAAGAUGAGGACUGAUGUCAUUACGUUUUUUGAUUUUUCAUGAAGUGGCUUGAUUAAUUACAAAUAAUAAGAAGCCUUUCUAUGGCUUUCUGGUUUGUUAAGUUAUGAUUAAUUACUUUCACUUCCGAAAUUGUCUUUUGUAUUGUCUGGACCUUUUCUUUUGGCUAAAGAAUGCAAAAAUCAUGAUGAGUACUAUAA